AUGAGGAGGCUGCAGAUACGCGUGGUGGUGGUGAGCGUGGCGGUGGCCGCGCUGGUGUUCGUGGCGCUCAUCCUGGGAUUCGUCGCCGAAAGUGGUAAUUCCAAGUCCUUCGUAGGGUACGACGGAACGUACUGCGUGUACCGGAGGACGGCGGCCCUCGGCUGCGGGAUCGCGGCGGCGCUGUUCCUGAUCGCCGGCCAGGCCGUGCUCGGCGUGGCCAGCGGCUGCUUCGGCCGCUGCGGCGAGGCCCGCGCGCGUCCAAUCAGCGCGCGCAGGCGCAGGAUCGUCGCCAGCAUGUACGGCAUCUACUGGACGGUGGCGGCGGCGGCGACGUUCAUGCUCCUGUACGGCGCGUGGCGGAACAGGGCCACGACGAGCCGGCCAACGCGGGCGCGCUACCACUCGGGGCACGGCUGUCGUACGAUCCUCGAACACGGAUUCUUCGCGUCGGCGGCCGCCUCGUCCGCCCUCGCCUUUGUCUUCGGGAUCACGGCCUACGUAUACCAGGAGAUGUCGGAUCCGGAGCAGCCGCAGGGCGGCGUCGCGAUGGGGCAGCAACCGCACUUCGAGCCGCAGCAGCAGGCGUACCAGCAGGCGGCAUACCCGGCCAUGGGGUACCCUUCCGCUGCUGCUCCUCCUCCUCCGUACGGAGGCUACGGAGCCAAGGCACCUGCAGGCCCAGCUGUUUACUAGAAGUGGUCUGCAAACAUUCGCGGAAUUUCUGGGGAUUCUGUACUGCCAUUGUGUAAUCAUUUUCUGAAAGUACCAGUACUAUAUCAUUGUGAA